AGAUGAAGACAAGGAUUUUCGGUCCCUUCAGUUCAACCUCUCCAUUUGGCCUCACUUGUUGCCUGGAUCUCCACCCUGUACAGAUUUCAAUUUGAUUUCUAAAGUACUGCAUGAUUUGGCCCCAGCUCCUCUGGCUGAGUUCAUCAGCCAAAGAAACGGCUCUGAGCGUGCCACUCGAGGCUCUGUCAGAGGCGACCGUCUCAUUCCUCUGCGCAGUAAGUCGGCCUGGUCAGUGAGGAGCGCUGGUGAGUGGAAGGAGGUUCAACUGCUUACAACAUACAAGGCCUUCACCAAAAAACUGACAAUGUGGCUAGUUAGCACCUAUAGCUGCCAACACUAAAAGACAAUUCCACCAUGGUGCGCAAAGUGGCAGUGAUCGGUGCAGGCCCGUCGGGUCUGAGUGCGAUCAAGGCUUGUCUGGUGGAAGACUUGCAGCCAACCUGCUUCGAGAGUAGCGACGACUUAGGAGGACUAUGGAAGUUCAAGGAGGUGUCUGAGCCCAACCGCGCCAGCAUCUACCGCUCCCUCACCAUCAACAUCUCCAAGGAGAUGAUUUGCUACAGCGACUUCCCCAUCCCGGCUGACUACCCCAACUACAUGCACCACUCCAAGAUCCUCAACUACUUCCGCAUGUACGCCGACCACUUCAAACUGCUGCAGCACAUCCGCUUCCAGACUGCGGUGAAGAGCGUCAAGCCGAGGUCGGACUACGCCCGCACGGGCAAGUGGGAGGUCGUGACGGAGAACCGAGACGGGAAGGAGGAGACGCACGUGUUCGACGCCGUCAUCUGCUGCUCGGGACACUACACCUACCGCAACUUGCCCCUGCAGGACUUCCCGGGACUGGAUACGUUCCAGGGCCGCUACUUUCACAGCUGGGACUACAAGGGCCCCGAGGACAUGCACGGCAAGCGCGUGGUGGUCGUGGGCAUCGGCAACUCGGGCAGCGACAUCGCCGUGGAGAGCAGCAAGUUCGCCGAGCAGGUGUACAUGAGCACCCGGCGCGGGGCCUGGGUGAUCCGCCAGGUGUCCGACGAUGGCCUGCCAGUGGACAUGAAGUACAACACGCGCUUUGUGCACAUCCUGUUCCAGCUCUUCCCCAUCAACUUCUUCAACUGGUUCGGCGAGAAUAAGCUCAACGCCAUGUACGACCACACCAUGUACGCCCUCAGACCCAAACACAGGCUUUUCAGUCAGAUCCCUGUGAUCAACGACGACCUGCCUUUCAAGAUCCUGUCGGGUUCGGUGAUCAUCAAGCCCAACGUGGAGGAGAUCCGCGGCUCGUCUGUGCUCUUUGAGGACGGCAGUGUCGUGGAGAAGGUGGAUACCAUCGUGUUCGCCACAGGUUACAAUUACGACUUCCCGUACUUGCCCGCCAACGCUCUGUACAAGUCGGGCCACCGCGUGGGUCUUUACAAGCACGUGUUCCCUCCCAACUUGGAGCACCCCACCCUGGCCGUGGUGGGCUUCAUCCACGCCCUGGGAGCCAUCAUGCCGCAGGCCGAGAUGCAGGCGCGCUGGGUUGUGCAUGUCUUAAAAGGACAAAAGAAGCUGCCUUCAAGCCAGGCCAUGUUGAAGGCUGUGGAAAAGGACACCAAACAGAUGGAGCAAAGCUACAUCGUGUCCAAGCUGGCGCCCCUCCAGGUGGACUUCGUCUCCUACAUGGACGACCUGGCGGGCGAGAUCGGGGCUCGGCCCAGCCUGCUGUGGCUCCUCCUCACCGACUACACGCUGUUCAAGCAGGUCCUGUGGGGGCCCGUCACCGCCUACCAGUACCGCCUGACGGGGCCCGGCAAGUGGGAGGGCGCCCGGCAGGCCAUCCUCACCCAGUUCCAACGCAUGUUCCAGCCCCUCAAGACCAGGAAGGUGCAAGAACCGAACGCCGCGAGCUCGGGUGUCCUGUUCAAGCUGAGCCUUACGCUGGCGGCCGGAGGCGCGGCGGUUUAUUACGUGCACGUUCGACAGCCCACCCUCUUCCCCAACAUCGUGUCCAAACUUUGCUCUCCAAGAAUGUGAACCACACGUAAACCCCAUACCAAGCUUCUUUAUUUGUACUUCCCCUGAAAUGAAUUGUACAGGUUAUAGGUCAAACCAAUGGUGGAAAAAGGUUUGAAAUGAUUUAUGUUGAUCUCAUUUUUAUAUCAUAAAAAAACGAGCAUUUAAACAGGGGUGUGUAGACUUUUUAGAUCCACUGUAUAUGUAGAAUGUACGAUUGAGUCAUCAUGCAUGCGGCUACAUCACAUACAAUACAGUAGAUAAAAAGUCUCCAUACUGUAAUAGUUGCAUUGCGUUGUACUAUACCAUACUAGUACACUAUACUACAACCCCAAUUACAAAGAAGUUGGGACAUUGUGUUAACCUAUAAAUAAAAACAGAAUACAAUGAUUUGCAAAUCAUGUUCAACCUAUAUUUAAUUGAAUACACUACAAAGACAGGGAUUUCAUCAUCUACGGUCCAUAAUAUCAUCAAAAGGUUCCGAGAAUCUGGAGAAAUCACUGUAUGUAAGCGGCAAGGCCGAAAAAACAUAUGCUGCCAUCCAAGCAACGUCUUUUUCAUGCUUAUUUCAGCAAGACAAUGCCAAACCACCUUCUGCACGUGUUACAACAGCAUGGCUUCGUAGUAAAGGAGUGCGGGUACUAGAUUGGCCUGCCUGCAGUCCAGACCUGACUCCCAUUGAAAAUGUGUGGCGCAUUAUGAAGCGUAAAAUACGCCAACGAAGACCCCGGACUGUUGAACAGCUGAAGCCGUACAUCAAGCAAGAAUGGGAAAGAAUUCCACCUACAAAGCUUCAACAAUGAGUGUCCUCAGUUCCAAAAUGUUUAUUGAAUGUUGUUACAAGAAAAGGUGAUGUAACACAGUGGAAAACGUGACCCUGUCCCAGCUUUUUUUGGAACGUGUUGCAGCCAUAAAAUUCCAAGUUAAUGAUUAUUUGCUAAAAACAAUCAAGUGUAUCAGUUUGAAAAUACAAA